AUGGUAAAUUUUGUAGAUGUUAGCCAUGAGUUACCCAAGGUGUACGAUCCGGGGUAUGUGGAGUCUGAUUGGUACUCAUGGUGGGAGAAACAAGGUUUCUUCAAGCCAGAAUAUGGAGAAGAAAAUGGCCGAACCUCGAAUCCCAAAGGUCGCUUUACCAUUUGUAUCCCACCUCCAAAUGUUACUGGAACUUUACAUGUCGGUCAUGCACUGGCUACCACCAUAGAGGAUACUAUGACGAGAUGGCAAGUAGUGGUGGAGAAAAAGCUACAACGUGAGAGAGGUUUGAGCCGUCACGAUCUAGGUCGUGAUCGUUUUAUUCAAGAAGUAUGGAAAUGGAAACAUGAAAAAGGCGGAGUUAUUUAUGAUCAGCUCCGCAAAUUGGGUGCAUCUGUUGAUUGGGAUCGAGCAUGUUUUAUGAUGGAUCCAAAAAUGGUGCGUGCAGUCACGGAGGCUUUCGUCAGAAUGCACGAAAGCGGCACGAUCUACCGCUCGAAUCGUCUUGUGAACUGGUCAUGCGCUUUACGUAGUGCUAUCUCGGACAUAGAGGUGAAGUCGCAUGUUUGAUA